GCCGAGCUCCUGAGUUCCUGGAAAGGCUGCUGGCGCUGCGGUCGGAGCUCGGACGCGAGGCGAGUCCCGGGAGACGGGAAGCGGCGGUGUUGGGAGACUCGUCGACUGGACGGCAGGCGCCCGCUGAGCGGCCAAUGUUGGUUACUACUGAUGGGUGUGAGUAAGUUAGAUGUUCUAUACCGGAGACUUCUCCUUACAAAACUUUUUAUCAGAGGAUGGGGAAGGCCAGAGGAUCUUAAAAGACUCUUCGAAUUCAGAAAGAUAAUUGGAAAUCGAGAAAGAUGUCAGAAUCUGGUUUCAAGUGAUUAUCCAGUAUACAUCGAUAAGAUUGAAGAGCAGUCAGACUGUAAGAUCCUAGAUGGACACUUUGUUUCUCCUAUGGCACACUAUGUACCUGAUAUCAUGCCAGUUGAAUCUAUUAUUGCAAGGUUCCAAUUUAUUGUGCCUAAAGAAUGGAAUAGCAAAUAUAAACCCGUAUGCAUUCAUCUUGCUGGAACAGGAGAUCAUCAUUACUGGAGACGACGAACACUAAUGGCUCGUCCUAUGAUUAAAGAAGCCGGAAUGGCUUCUUUGUUGUUAGAAAACCCUUAUUAUGGCUGCAGGAAACCCAAGGACCAAAUAAGGUCCAGCUUAAAAAACGUGUCUGACCUAUUUGUGAUGGGAGGAGCUCUUGUUUUGGAAUCUGCAGCUCUCUUGCAUUGGCUAGAGAGGGAGGGUUAUGGACCUCUAGGAAUGACCGGAAUAUCCAUGGGAGGACAUAUGGCUUCCUUAGCGGUAUCCAACUGGCCUAAGCCCAUGCCAUUGAUUCCAUGUCUGUCUUGGUCUACAGCAUCUGGGGUCUUCACUACGGGUGUGCUGAGUAAAUCAAUUAAUUGGAGGGAGUUGGAAAAGCAGUAUUAUGCACAGACCGUUUAUGAGGAAGAAAUUAUUCACAUGCUUGAAUAUUGUGGAACAGAUUCUUUCAAAAUGGGACAAGAGUUCGUGAAAUGCUUCCCUAGCAGUGCAGACAAGCUCACUAACCUUAAUCUGGUUUCUAGAACUUUAAAUUUAGAUAUGACAGACCAGGUUGUGUCCUCGAAACAUAAUGAGUGUCAUAAAUCUAGUAAAACAUCUUUCAGUGCUACAUCAGAAGGACUCUUGUUGAAAGAUACUUCUAAGAUGGAGUGCUUCAAUCAAACACUUUCAACCAACAAAAGUAGUUAUACAAGUUCCAAUCCUCAGUCAUACCACCUACUCAGUAAAGAACAAAGAAGAAAGAAUCUUCAGAAAGAAUCUUUGCUGUUUAUGAAAGGAGUCAUGGAUGAAUGUACUCAUGUAGCAAAUUUCUCAGUUCCAGUAGACCCAAGCCUCAUUAUAGUGGUUCAAGCCAAAGAAGAUGCAUAUAUUCCACGAACUGGAGUUCGAAGUCUGCAAGAAAUUUGGCCUGGUUGUGAAAUCCGGUAUCUAGAAGGGGGUCAUAUUAGUGCUUAUCUGUUCAAACAAGGAGUCUUCAGACGAGCCAUCUAUGAUGCAUUUGAACGCUUUCUGCACAAAUAUGCUAACUGAUUGGAUCACUGUAUGUAACCAAUGUGGCCAUCAUGUUUCUCACAAAAGGAGUUUCAUCCUUUGACGACGUGAAAUUAGUAAGGCAGCACUAUACACUGAGUGGCCAUAUUAUUAUGACCACCUGACGUUUGUAGGCAAAUUAGCUAUAAUUUCGUGCUGAAGUUGCUAGAGGGCCAGAUCAUUAUAAACGUCUGAAUAGUACAACAUACCUAAGUAUCGUUGCUGAUCAAGUUCAUCCUAUCAUGUUGAUGGCGUAUCCCAAUGGAGAUGGCUUCUUCCAACAAGACAAUGCGCCAUGCCACGGUGCUCGUAUUGUGCAGGAGUGUUUUCAAGAACAUGAGGGAAAAAAAAAAAAAAGAACAUGAGGGAGACUUUACCUUGCUUAGGUGGCCCCCACAAUCACCAGAUCUCAAUCCAAUUGAGCAUUUGUGGGACAAAGUUAAAAGAGCCAUCAGGCAGCUGGUUCCACAACCAUCAGAUCUCUCAGAACUGGACAGUGCUAUUCAUCAGGCAUGGUGUCAGAUUCCUCGCAUCACCUUUCAGCAUCUCGUGGAGUCAAUGCCAAGAAGAAUCGCCUCAGUAUUGAAGGCAAAAGGUGGCCCAACGAAGUACUGAUGGGGCGGUCAUAAUAAUCUGGCCACUCAGUGUAUAAUUCAUUGCUAUCUAUUUAGUCUGGAAUUCAGUGUUACAGGUCAGUCAACUAUAGUCUUUGAAUGCAUUUGAAUAACUUUAAACCAAUGUUUGGAUGAAAUAAUGUUGAAGUAUUUUGUUAUUGUUUGUGGGACUCCCAAAUAUUCAAUAUUUCUACGUAUGAAAACUUUACAUUUUUAAUUAUGAAUAGUUAAUACAUUAAAAUAAAUGUAUUCACAGAAACUGUAUUGAUUUAUACAGAGCUGCUAAGUCAAAGAUUGUAAUACAUCAGCUUGUAUUGUAUACUUUUAUAUGAUAUUUCUACUGACUUGCUUUGAGAAACAUGUUUAUUUCUUUUGUGGAUCCAUAGCGCAUUUAUAAUCUUAUUUUCCUCUUUAAUUUUCUGCCAUGGAAAUACUUAUGAUGUAUGAAAUCCCUGUUAACUUUGAAUUCUAAAAAUUCCUGAUUGUUUUGUAUAUAAGUGCUUUUAGUAAUUAAAAUGAAUGUGGGAAUGCAGACAUGAUGCAAAAGACUUGGCUAAACUUUAUAAAUGCCUAAUAUUGGGUUAGGGAAAAAAAGCCAAGUGUAUUUCUAUUUAACAACUUUGAAUUCAUGAUCAAUGGAAAUAACUAUUGCAUUAAUUGAGACAUCGUGUCUUAACAUUUUCUUAUAUCUACUCUGGGUUUGCAAACCCUGAUAUAUCUAAAUUCACUAUUUAGGCCAAGAAUGUAACCAUUUUGACCAUUUCAAAAAUUAAUGGCCAUAAUGAAAUCAAUCCAUCCUAAAUAAACUUUACAGAAAAGAUAUAACUAAUAACUUUUUUUAAUUGAAAAAUUACAUGGCUAGAUUUGGUGCUUUCUUUUUAUUAUAGACUACUGAAGCUGAGAGCUAAUAUACUCUCAAAAGUAGGAAAUAUUUUUGGGUAUUGUGUCAAGGCUUAGAACGUACUUGAGUUUUAUUUAUCUGAAAUUUGUAUUAUCUAUAGAUUGUAUUUAAAUGUGUAUUCCUAGUCUAGUAAGGAUAUUUGAAUUAUAAUGUGCCUUUGUAGUCUUUUUAACCCUUUGAGUGCCAACCAAUAUCCUAGGAACUAUGCUAAAAUUGCCAAGGCAUUUUUGCUGAUUUUACAGCAGUUUAGAAAAAAAUUAUGAAUCGCAAGUAAAUGAAGUUACAUAUUCAAAAACUUAAGGAAACCUUUACUACAUUGACAUAUUUAGCAAUAUAAUCAUCACUAAUAAAAGCACACUUAGAACUGGACGCCAUUUCGAAGCUUUGAUAGCACUCCCGGCACUUUUGGCGAAAGAUAGGAGGAGCGCGAUCACGCUCCCUGGCACUGUAGGGGUUAAAGGAGAUUGGUCACUCUAAUGCCUACAUCAUUUUAAUUUUUAAAAACUUUUAAAAUUACUAAAGUCAUUGAUGGCAUAGUAGUAAAUAUUUCUUACUAAGCAAUAAUAUACUAUGUUGUGUGACUUGCUAUUGGUAAAAGAAUGAAAUUUUAAUAUUUCAUUUAAGUUAACUCUUGGGCAUAACUAAUUUUUCCCAAAUAAAUGUGAAAGAAGAUAUUUUAAAGAUUUCAUCUCCUAACCAAAUGUUUUAAGAAUAUAUCUCUGGGGGAACACUUGAGAUCUUGUUUCCCAGUAUGUCAUCCAUUGGCUCAAAUAAACUUAAAUUCUCAAAAAAAUAACAUACCAUAGCAGUUACCUAAACUGAUUAAUUAUUCAAAGUCAAAAUACCUUUUUUUACAUUUUUUAUCUACUUCCCCAAAAUAUAUAUGCGCAUAUAUAAGUACAUACACAAACACACAGAAAGCAGUGCUGUCUGCCAUUUUGAGCAUUGGUACAUAAACUGCUAGAAAUUCAUUUAGGCCACGUUGCAAACUGGUAGUUAAUACAGGCCAGCUUAGUCCAAAGUUGCUUUAUCCAGUAUGCAUAAUAUUUCAAAAUUUGAAAUGUGUUCAGAUUGGCAUGCAUUCCUGUUUGCCACAAUCUACUGGACUCCCUCAUGUUAGACCAUAUCACUACUUUGUGUUUCCUACUUAACUCUAAAGACAUCUGAGUUUGAGAUUCCUGAUUUAGAUGUGUGGUUAGAAAAAUUUUCUGAAUUUCAUGAUCUCCUAAUGUUCUAAUUAUUAUUAAAUAAUUUUAUGCAUUUUAAAUUAUUUCUUAUGAAGGUAAUUUUUUAAUGUGGUGCUUUCUCUUGUAAAGAAUAUUGAAUUGUUAACAUUGUAACUGAAAUUUUUAAAAUCAUUUCCAAAUAUUUUAUACUUCACAAUAAAAGCUUAUUUAAAAAGUUA